UGCACAUGUUCAUAUGCACAGUAUGGGAUAAACCUUUGCAACUGGCAUAGCAAAGGACAGAUAUCGGCACAACAUGGAGAAAUUGGGCAGAAUAAACCAGAAGAUUGCGGCCCUACGACCGCUCUUUGAAGCAAAGCUACAACAAGCAGCACCGCUCAUCCACGACCUAAAAUCUAAAGUCUACGAAUACGACAAGAGACACAAGACCGAUAAAAUCCUCAUCCUUGGUAGCACCGGGAACAAUCUAUACUUUCCAGAGACAAACGAAAACGGGACAUACACAAUCGAAAUCGAUAUUUUAUUUGAACGGGAUUGUUCGAACUUGUCUCUGCCGACUGAGUUUGGUUUUGGUCCUGGACCAACGGUGGCACUUGAAGAGGCCCAAGCGAUCAAGUUCGGGGCUCCUUUAAAUGACGAUUUGUACAUUUGGCUGCGGGCGACCAGGGUCGAUAAUCCGGAUGGACUCGGGGAUAUGUUUCUUGACUUUGAUGAAGCGGAGGGAGUGUAUUACUUGAAGAACUUAGUCUACAGAGAUGCCAUACCAUCAAGAACGGAGGAGAUUCUUGACCACACAAUCCUAGAAGAGAAAGAGCUUCUGAUCCUUCGACCUGAGUCAGAAUCGGGUCAGCCGUUCAGAACCUUCAAGACUGACCUCAAGUCUGUCAAUCUCGAAGACGAAAACGGCACUUCACAGGAGUUUAAAUUCCAGUGUCUGUUUGACAAAGUUGCUGGGGUGAAGAUUCCGUGGCCUCGAGCUGCACAGGAAUGGGUGACGAGAAAACGCCGCUGGCCGCCGCAGAGUUUGAUCGAGGCGGCGGUACAGUACGGCUGUCACGGUAUUCCGAAGGCAGUCAAUAAACGGAACGCACUUAUAGGAGGCGAUCCAGAUAAAGAGCUGGAGGAUUCUGAUGGAAAGGACUGCCAGGAAAAAGGAGCCGAAACUCCACCAGGAACUGAUGAACAAGCUUCUGCAGGAAUGAGACCAGAAACACCUCUACCGAUGGAUGACCCAGAGCGCAUGCGUUCUUGGAAACUAAGCUACGCCUGGGCUGAACAGAUGAUUGCAAACGCAUUCUCGCCGAUGCAACGGAUGGCGUACUUGAUGCUGAAGCAGAUGAAGCGCGAACAUCUGGACAAGUAA